AUGCCUACUUUUUCAGCUAUUGCCUUGGAUAGAAUGCUAGAGCCAGGAGCUUCCACAUCUGUCGACACUGUUCCAAGCACAAAAUCGUUUUAUUCAAAGCCACCAGUAUCAAAGCUGGAGAAAGGGAAAGGGAAAUUAUUAGCUAAUGAGAGGACAUUUACUCGUCCUCAUAUGUCACCUGCUCUCUACGCCACUCCUGAUGCAAUCCCGCUACCAAAUUCGCCAUCUUCUUUCCCACCAUCGCCCUAUAUCAUCAACCACAAAUCACGUGGACCGCGUCUUUUGAAAAGCUCUUCUGAGGCUAAUGUGGCUUCCCAACAGAAGACCCUGGAACACGAAAAGAUUACUGGUGAUACAGAGGUAAAGGCUUCUCCUCGGAGGAAGUCCACCUCGUUCUCAUUUCCUGUUAGUGAGUCUGUCGAAGAGGAUUAUUCCAAUGGUGGUCAUGCUCGUCAAAUUGGAAACUAUAAUUUCGAUGGUGUUGUUGAUGGUCCUGUUGGGCAAUGGAGUCCACUUGACGGGAAAAUUGGGAAUGGAAAGUCGGAGUUGGACAAUGCUGCCAAUGGUUUAGAACGAGAAAAUGAGCUGCCGGAGCCUGUCACUGCCAAAGCAGACAAGGAGAGUGAGUCAGAAGAUUUCUAUGACCCAGGUGAAUCAGCAAGCUUCACAAGUAACACAGAGGCAGAGGGUGAUGCAGGAGAGGAAGGUUCAAAUAGACUCGCGACACCUGUGGGAGAGUUCUAUGAUGCUUGGGAUGAACUAUCAACCGACAGUGGAAUGCAGAGUUCAGUUAACAACAUUGAAGCUGAACUAAGGGAGAUAAGGCUGAGUUUACUAAUGGAAAUCGAGAAGAGAAAACAAACAGAGGAAGCUCUCGAGCAGAUGCAAAUUCACUGGCAGAGACUCCGAGAGCAGUUGGCCCAGGUUGGUCUGUUCGUUCCUAUCGAUCCCACCGCCUCCACCUACAACUUGAACCUAUCAGAAGAAUUACGCUGCCAACUCGAGGUUGCUAGGUUUGUCUCUGACUCUCUAGCUAGAGGUAUGGCGAAAGCAGAGGCAGAGAUGGAGAUGGAAUCUAUGCUUGAAACUAAGAACUUUGAAAUCACACGACUGUCUGACCGUCUACACUACUAUGAGGCAGUGAACCGAGAAAUGUCGCAACGUAACCAAGAGGCCAUAGAGGUGGCACGACGAGAGAGGCAGAAGAGAAAGAAGAGGCAGAGAUGGAUUUGGGGAUCAAUUGCAACGACCAUUACUCUAGGGAGCGCGGCAUUGGCAUGGUCUUACAUUCCUGCAUCGAAACCAUCAUCCGAAGCAUCACAAACUCUUAAGGAUGAUUAA